AUGGCAAAACCUUUGGAUCAUAUCAAGAGACCAAUGAACGCUUUCAUGGCGUGGUCUCGCGGUCAGAGGCGAAAUAUGUCACUGGAGAAUCCCAAAAUGCACAACUCUGAAAUCAGCAAAAGACUUGGCGUGGAUUGGAAGUUGCUUUCCGAAUCAGAGAAGCAACCAUACAUUGAUGAAGCCAAGAGAUUGCACGCGUAACACAUAGAACACCCCAACUACAAGUACAGACCCCGGCGCAAACCCAAGAGUUUGCUCAAAAAGGACCGUUUGCCCUUACUCGGGGACGCAGAACAUUUGAAAGGAUUUUCGACGGAGUCCCUUUUGGCUUCCGCAGAGAAAGCUAGAGCCAUUUUGCCGCCGACGUCGUGGUCAUACUGGCUUCUUGACCCUGGUAAAUUCAGCACAGGUGCUGUCAAGAGGAUAUCAGAAAUGCCCAACGUGCUGGCUGCCAACGGUUUGUAUUACGCGCAAUCUUUGGGAUACCAGACUGGCCCAUUUGGAAGUUUGGGAUUAUGCCCCAUCCAGCACACUCACCCCUCACCAACGAACCCGGGGUACGUCGUGCCCUGUAACUGUGGCGCGUGGUCGGCGACGAGUUUACAGCCUCAGGUUGCAUACAUUCUUUUUCCAGGUCUGAACAAGACUUCGAUAGACCCGUACUCCUCCUCACCACAUUCAAGUGUGUGA